AUGUCACUAGACGUUAAGCUAGCUCAAGCCGUGCAAGAUGGUGUCAUCCCUGGAGCUGUCCUCCUCGCGGCCAGCAGCUCAGGACAUGUCAACUACGCAAAUGUCGUGGGCCGGCGCUCGCUACGGGUCGGCGUCGAGGAUCCGCUUCGUCUCGAUACCGUCUUUACCCUCGCCUCCAUGACCAAAUUGCUCACCACACUGUGCGUCCUACAACUUUUCGAGCGCGGGGCCCUUAGCCUCGACGCUGACGUCUCCCAGCACGUGCCCGUACUGGCUCGGCAGCGCAUCUUGACGGGCUUCUCGCAGGACGACGGGUCGCCGCUGCUCGAGGAGCGGCGAUGCCCCAUCACGAUGCGCCACCUCCUCACGCAUAGCUCCGGGGCGGGGUACCAUUUCAUGGACACCCGCCUGAAGCGCUACGUCGAGUACACCAAAAGGGAAAAUCCCGCUGGCAUCGUCGACGAUCUAUUCGACCUUCCGCUCCUGCACGAGCCUGGAGCAGGGUGGACGUACGGCAGCGGCAUCACAUGGGCCGGCAAGGUUGUCGAGAAGCUGACGGGCCAGAGCCUCGGCGCAUACAUGGAUAGCAAUAUCUUCAAACCCCUCGGCAUCACACGGAUUGCUUUCUUCCUGCGCGACGGACCCUGUUUCCCCGCCACCCAGGUCAGCGACAUGGCAACUCGCAACGCUGCCACCGGCGCGCUGGCACCCGGUCCACCCGGCCUGCCCUUCUUGCCGCCGCUCAAGGAGUGCUUCGGUGGUGAGGGUGCGUACGGAAGUUUGACCGACUAUUUCAAGGUGCUGCGCUCCAUAUUACUCGACGACGAGAAGCUCCUGCGAAAAGAGACGACAAGCCUCAUGUUCGAGCCGCAGCUACCAACGCAGGCGGCUAGGGACGGGCUCCGUGCGGCUUUCGAGGACCCAAGCUGGGCUGUUGGCGACUUUUCCGGCCCUAGGGAGUUAGACUCGGCAUACGGUGGCCUGCUUGUCGUCGGGGACGCUCAUCCCUUUCGCAUGAGGGGACACCUGAGCUGGAGCGGUGCCGCCAAUCUCUAUUGGUUCAUCGAUCGUGGCGCUGGUGUAUGCGGGUUCUGGGGCACGCAGGUCCUUCCCCCGGCCGACACGGCUGUCGAGCAGCUAAUCGGUGCUUUUGAGAAGCACGUGUACAACAUGGCGAAGGAGGAAGACGGCGCGGAAGGGAGGUCCAAGUCGUUGGCGGAUGGUACUCGUUAG